AUGGUGAUUUACGUCAAUGUCGCGGAGAUUGACAUCUUGCUGUUGAUCCCUUUGAGAGAAGGGAGCAAACUCUCCAAGGAGCAAUCAGCAUUUAUUGUUGUUGGUUGCAAGAAAAUAUAUCGUGCUCAUCGCGAUAUUCGGAAUGCAAUAUUACGUACAGAAACAAAUAGAAUAUUUUUACGUAACGCAAUCUUCCUGCAAUCCCGGAGAGAAGCCCAACCCCUCUACGACCUCACCGACUCCACCGUCCUCUACCUCUUCGACGCCUCCUCCCACGGCGUCGACGAGAUCGCCCUCUCUCCUACGAAGACGAAGAGUUUCCCCGGUAGUGAAAACCCUAACCUCAAAUUGGUCGCCUCCUGCAACGGAUUCCUCUGCUUCCGAGAAUCCGCCUCGAAUUCUAACUACUACGUCACCAAUCCGAUCACGAAAGAUUGGGUUUUUGUGCCCAGAUCCGACAACUCGGAAAUGGGUGUUCUCUGCGGAUUCUACCUGCAUCACCCCGCCGGAGAUUAUCGACUUCUUUUGACCAUCGCCGGAUUAGGGUUUGAAGUGUGUACCGUGGCGAUCGAUUCCGAUUCAUGGAGGCGGAUUGGUUGGCCGGAUUACAAUGUUCCAUCUUGUUCCAUAGCUUGUCCCGUUUUGCUCCAUGGUUGUUUGCACUGGAUGGGAUCAAAGUAUGAUGCCUUUACAAGCAGUACUACUAAUGGGAUUGUUGCUUUUGAUACCCAACUCGAGGAAUUCCGCCAAAUUUCGCACCCCAAUUCGACCCGGUCGAUUAAUCGAAACCAUCUUUUGGAGAUCGAAGGAUCCCUUGGCCUCUGCCAAGUUAAGGAAGAAUCAGUUAUGGAGAUUUGGGUGAUGAAGGAUUACGAGAGAGAGAUUUGGAUCAAACAGCACACUGUGUCAACUCUUCGUGUGGAAAGGCCGCGUCUUUUGAAAGAAAGGUAUUUUCUUAGACCUGUGACUUCUACAAGUAGUGAUGGAGAGAUAUGGCUUGGGUGGUUUAGUACUAAUUCCUGGUAUCCAGAUUCUCUGAUUCUCUGCAAUUUCAAGAGGAACACAUUGAAGAAAGUCGAGAUACAUAGUAGAAUUCCUUUGGAGGACAUGGCAGUAGACUUUGUGGUGAUGCUGAAGCUGAAGCUCCUCGCUGCAAGCAGCACCGUCGGCGGCCACUCUCAUCUCCAUGUUGCUCUCUUGUGGUUCUUCUUACUCAAGCUUCCUCUCGCCGUUCGAAUGAGGGGUUCUUAUGCCGAUAUGGUGUUUGCGAUGAGGCUCUUCCUCUUUCGGCUAAACCGCGUGCUCUUUGCUGAUGCCAGAGAUGGCCGGAGAUGGCGGAGAGCCCUCAGGCUUUUCCACGAUCGAGCGAUCGGCCGUGCAGGAACGAACAUGCAAUCCAAUGAGGACAGUCUACAUGCUUUCUCCAUGCUAGCACUCUAGCUAGGAAGCUCCUUCAUUUAAAUAUGGAAUGGCUUAAUACUUACAUGAAUGUUCGAGGGGGGGGGAAAAAAGGAGCCAUAUCCUUCACCUUCUUCUUCUUGUUUUUGUUUUUUAAUGUAUUUUCUUUUUCUGGUGAAAUUGAUGUAGGCUCUGACCUAUUUUGUGAUGACCUGCGAUUGUGUGCGAUUCGAAAGAGUUACAAAUGC